AUGAUUACACAAUACACUCCCGAGGUCAAUCAUGACACAAAGGUCAUUACCAAUAAUAACGAUGAGGAAGCUAGUAGCCCGGUAACCAUCACACCGGAAAUGACCACUUGUUGCGAAAUUAAAGUUCCUCAACGCAACAAUCCAAAAGCAAAGCCUUUACGUUUUGUCGUUGUUUCCGACACUCAUUUAAAUCAUGAGACGGUGGAGAUGCAUCAAUAUACAGGCGAUGUUUUGAUUCAUUGUGGAGAUUUUACGAAUAAGGGAACCAAAGGAGAAGUGGAUUUGUUUUUUCAAUAUUUAUUGGAUCAAUGCGAUGGAAAGUUUAAAUACAUCAUCAUGAUUGUGGGCAAUCAUGAAUGGGCUCCAGAUAUAGUUGUAAGAGUCAGAUUUAACAAGUUUUUCAAAGAAAAGAAGGUCAAAUCAAGUUAUCAUCUUUUACUGGAUGAACAUGUAACGAUAUUGGAUGACAACAAUCAAAAGAUAAAGAUUUUUGGAAGCAGAUUUAGAGCAUCGUGGAGGUUUCCACCAUUGAUGAGAGACUCCCUUAGGAAGUCAUCCUUUCAAAUAUCCAAAGACAUUGACAUGUUAUUAACACAUUUUCCACCUUGUAAGAAUGGACUCGAUAUUGCACACGAUGAUGUUUCAAGAGGAUCUCCCCAAUUAACAGACAUGCUCGAUUCUAAUUAUUUUGAGAAUUUAAAGAUUCAUUGUUUUGGUCAUAAUCAUUGCACACGAGGUCAUCAUUAUGAAGAAAAGACUGAUCGAAUGUUUGUCAAUGCAGCAUCAACACUUAGUAAGAAAAAAAAGAUUGUUGCCAAGCCUUACAUUUUUGACUUUUGA